GAGCGUUGUCGUGUUUUACUUUUCAGUUGGAGUCUCACAGUGUAUAGUGCAGACUGACCUUGAUCCUCUCUUUUGUACCUCGUCCGCAAUCCUCGAUCAUCAGUUAGUGUCGAGUCUUUUCCCGAAGCGAUACGCGCGCAACAUGAAAUACUUUGGAGCACUUUUCGUCUCAUGCCUAUUCUUUGCUCUCGUGCACUCUGCUCCAAGAGUGGCACCAGAUUCAGAAGAAUUUAACGAUAAAAAUGACAAAAAAAAUACAGAUAUCGUUCUAAUAACACCAGGAGGAAGACGUGUUGAAACAUUUGGAUCACCUUUUGAAAUGUUUCCCAGAGAAAAUAUAGAUACAACACAAGAUGACUAUUUUGAUUUUGGAAUUUUUCAAAGUUUGAGAGAAAUGUUCCAGAGAAGAUUGCAAGAAAUUUUUAGAAGUCAAGUUGAUGGUUUCAAACCAUUGGCUGAUAUACCCAAAGGUUCAAACAGCACUUCCACCACUAAGGUCAUUAAUGGUCAUGUUGUGACCGUCAACGACACAACCUAUUCUGAUGGUGAUGAGAAUAGCGGUUCAGUCUUUCGUUUUCGAGUAGUCGAAAUUAAGCCGCAAAACGAUACACUUGACAAUGGUGGCAAUGGAAGUUUGGAACCAAUUACUUCAUCACCAUCAUCGUCUAAUGCUCCAAAGAAAACUGAAAAUACAACUCCCGAUCGCAGCGUUGAAACAGUUGAAGAUUUAGACGAUAAUGUAAUUCCAAAGGCAGAAGUAGAGAUUAUUUAAAAACAACAAUGUAUUUUAUCGAGAUAAUUUUCUUUUGUGACAAUAUCAUAGACUAUAAGAAAGAAUCGACUUUUAUAUAUUAUAUUAUAAAUAUAUUUUAUAAUACUGCGUCUUAAAUAUGAAAUAUGAAACACGAGAAUUGAUACCUGAAAAUCUACCUCGUGGUAGUGAUACAUAAACCAUAAAUAUCUCUUUAUAUAAAUUAUAUUACAUUCCUCUUAUAAAUUAUUAUAGAUCUGUGUAGUAUAUUUACCAAUAGCAAAAGAAAUUAAUUUUACAUCUAAGAAAAUAAAGAUUGUAUAAAGAAAA